GCGCCCGCGCGCCCGCGCUCCCGGAAUCUCUCUGCGGCGGGCGUUUCGCUGCUCGGGGCCGCAGUCGAGAAGACAGUGGCGGCGUUCCAGGCAGGCGUGGGCGCAGAUGCCGACGGGGCUGCGGACCUUCGACGCUUCCUGCAGUUGCCGAAGGAGUUCAAGGCUGAAGUCCGCAGGAUGGCGAGGUGGCGCAAGCCGGGCCGUUGCUCCACCCGCAGGCGUCGGGGGAUUACCUGCGACAGGAAGCAGCCCGGGCGCGUCCGUGGCCUUCGCGGCGUCUGGGCCGUCAAGGUCCGAGCGCAUUGCCGCCGCUUUCUGAAGCCGCUCAGGGUUGAAGGCCUGCGGGCCCGGCGGUCGGCGGCGCUGGCGAUCCGCUCCGCGGGCGUGCCCGUUCAAUCGGGCGCCGUGCCUGUGGAGCACUCGUGGGAGUGUCUCAAAGGGAUGCUCCCGCGAGGCGCCCGCGCAGUAUCGCUUCGCUGGUUCAAUGUCUUCAGCCAGCUCGCUUUCUUGAGGUUCAAUAGCCGGCGCUGCGGGGCGGGGUGCCUGCCCGCGUGGGCAGAGCGGGGCUCCCUCUUGGCCCAGCGCUUGGAGAUCGUCGUCAUGCUCGGAGUUGAGCUCGACGAGACGGAAG